GAGAGGGUCAUGUUGAGAGGUAUGCAUUAUGGAAGUUAUUGAUGUGCAGCAAUCUCUCUGGGUGGUGAUGGGAGCCUGAGUUCUCCCCAGUCCUUGUGUUCAGAAGGAUGGAGAAGAAAGCCAGGACGGGAAACCAGAGUGAAUGACCUAGAGCUCAUACGCAGGUCUUGGCACAUUUUUUUUUUUAUGAGGGUUAGCCCAUUAAUAAUAAAUAAUUGAGCUUCUCCUGGAUGUUGUUUGUUUGGAAGUCUAACAGAACCGAAGAGGAUCUUCCCUUAUCUCCGCACCGUCCAUCAGUGGAAGACAUUGACCGAUCCCAGGAGUUCCUCUUGUGUUUUAUAUUCUUUGGCAAUUCUCUUGACAUCUGGAGUCGUUCUUUAAAACUCUGGAGCUUGGCGAGUCCCUGGCUUCUUUCGGUCGUCCUUGGAUGUGUUAGCGAAGGAGAGUCAAGGGUUCGCCAGCACUUAAUCCAGAAGGGAUCCAACAAGGAACACGCCGGUCCAUUUUGGCAUUGGUCGGUAGACCUGAUACAAUGCUGGUCUUCGGUCUUGUCUUGCUGUCUGUGGUGGGAGUGCUUAGGGGGUGCCAAAUGCCAAAUGAUUGGAGACCGCAGACUGAAGCCUGCCGAGCUGAACUGGUGGAGACUGUGGUCUUUGCCAAGGUGCUGGCCCUCCAUAAGGAUAGCUACAGUGUCUACAACUACCUGCCUUGGCAGUACAACUCGGACCUGUUUUACUCUGCGGAGAUUGAGCUGCUGUGUGACCAGGGCUGGGGCAGCAUGUUGGAGGUACCAGCAGGUUCCCGGCUUAAUGUCACCGGACUGGGCUACUUCAACUGUCACUCCUACACCGUGAUGGAGAACAAUUCCUAUUAUUUCUUCCUAAGAAUGGACGAAAAUUAUAAUCUCCUUCCCCAUGGAGUGAAUUUCCAAGAUCCCAUUUUCCCCAACACGCCAGAAAACAUCCGGGUAUUUUCCAGCAUAUUCCAGUUCUCCAACUGUGUAAUCGGCACCGAUCCACAAAUCUACUCCCCAGACUGGGAAGCUCAGGAGGACAGCAGGCUAAUGUGUGAUUCGGUACAGAGGGCCUUGCUGGAGGAGGAAGAACGUUCAAAGUCCUUGUCCCAAAAGGUCAGAUUCCUGGAGAAAGCCAAUGCACAUCUUCGAGAAAAAGUGAAGAACCUAAAGCGCGCUGUGCGCCAGGCAACAGUGGACAAUAAGAAGGAGGUCCUUUUGACUAAGCGCCUAAUGGAUAAAGAAAAGAGCCUCAACGAGGAGGAGGAGGAGGACUCAAAGCAGGGAAACCAUAAAAAAAUCAUGGCCAAACCCACCAAGAAAGCAACGGGAAACAAGCUGGAUUAGCCAUCGGUUGUAAGCCUAUGGAAUGUCUUCUGUAGUAGUACGGCAAUAUACCGCACCAGAUUUACAGAGUGAAUGGACAAAAAAAAUUGGAACUUUUGCUAAAUCUAGUGCUGCGCUUUAUUUGUGUAAAAUUAUUUGAGGUCAGUAUUAUUAUGCCUGCAGUAAACUUUCAUCACAUAUUUACUUUGAAACAGUUGAAUAUGGAGUCUUUGGGUUAUAUUUACUAUGCCGCGGUUUGUCAAAGCCACCAUUCAUCAGUGAAUUUGAACAAUAGUAUUAAAACGCCAAUUUGAAUUAAUGCUAAUGGAGCCUGGUUUAACAUUAAUUCUUAUUGCUGUUUUAAAACUAACAGUCUCAGCUGCAGAUAGUCGAUGGCUUUGACAAACUCUGGCAUAGUAAAUAUAGCUCUUCAUCUUUCUGUGCUCUGCCAAGUAUUUUAUAUAUAUCUGGACAGAAGAUAGCAAGGACUCUGGGACAGUGCCCGAGUCUCUGCUAUUUCACGUUCUAUCUUUCUGGAGUCUUUGUUGGAAAAAUGGCGCUGCUGGCAUCAGGUAUAGGGGGGAGGGUCUGCUGCAUAGCACAGUGGUACAGGCAGCUCUGAGUGCAGGGUGUGUGCAGUGCCCUCCUUGACCCAUGAGUCAUUGUGUACCCUGCAGCUAUCAUAGAUAUGCAAAAGUAGAAAUUUUUCACACUGCGCUCAUCCCCGGUUUUGGAUUUG